AUGAAUCGAGGACGGGGCGGAAGAAAAGGUCCAUCUCACGUGGCCCCGUCAAAUGUCCAGACACUCGGAGUUCGCGGACAACAAAAGUCAAAUCUACCGGCAAGUCUUCAAGCUCGUCCUCCAGGAAUCCUGAGAGGCUCUUCAAGCAGAACGAAUAUUGGCGGAACUCGAUCUGAGAGUCCGAAACUCCGUGAUGCUGUGGAACAAGUCAAAAUCGCGUUCGACUUUUCCGUCAUCAAGAAACUGGGAGAUGCGAGCUCAGAAAAACCUUCUCUCGAAGAAAUGGGUAAAAUGCGACAUUUGUUCCUCAAGCUGAAAUUUUUGCGAAUCGGAAGAGAUGAUCCAAAAGGAGAAGUGCUAAACAAUAUCACGACUGGACUGAGCUACUUGGCCAUCAAGAGACCAUCGUUGUUUCAAACUGACAGUGCGUUGAUAGACGCGCAAGCUAUCUUUUCCGGCGAUGGAAUUCCCCCGAGCCAAAGAACUCCGUACAGCAAGUACCACCAAAUCGAGCUGUUUACUGUCAAUCUUCUUUGGUCAGCCUUCAAGAGCGUCCCGAAGUGGCCACUGGAACUGGCGCGAAUUUACAUAGAAGACGCAGCUCGAAAUCGCGACUGGGUCGAUCACCCACUUUGUUUUCCAUUCACUGAAAACAUCAAGGCCCAUUUCAAGUCGUUUCCAGUCCCGAAUGAGCAUCGAACCUGGUCUGUUGAAAACGCCGCUUCUGGUGUUCUAACUGAGCCGGCUUUUGACAGAUUUGAGGAAGAACAGUCCCCGGCCAUUCAACAAAUGAUCCUUGAUCAAUAUAUGCGGCGGCCAACAGCUGAUCCAUUGACGAGAUCUCUCGUGAUUCUUGGGAUCGCGACAACAGGUUUCUUUGACGUCCGAAAAAUGAUUGUUUCGCGACUCGAAGCGAUGUUUAACAAUCCAAAGCUGCUGAAGCCCGGGCAAGAAAUGUUCGCGUCUCUCUGCAUAAAUGCUACGACUAGCAACGAGGUCGAAAUCAUCCACGGGAUUUUGAACAUCCGUCAUCGUCAAAAACCAGUCAACUUCUUUCUCAACUCUUUGUCGCUCUUGUCCAAGGCGAGUCCCAACAAUUUCACUUUGAUGAUCCAGCGCAUUGUUUUCGCAGAAUUCGACUCGGUCAAGAAUACGCAGGGACACAUGGCGAUCAUGAACCAUUUCUUGAACUCUGGUCAGGAGCUACGAGAAAAAACAGCGGCCGAACUUGCGCGACAGUUCAAUAUGGUCACUGGACAGGUCAACCAGUCACAAUUUGCGCAGAUAAUGAGGACUCUGCGAAACACAUUGCGGGAAAUCAGCAAAAUAUCAAAAUCGAAUAUCGGCCAUUUUCUCAAGCAUUUUUCAAGAGCGCUUCUUGAAGAGUGCCGUCCCGGAACACAAGAAACGCGACAAGCGACGAUUGACGGACUCUUGGAUCUGGCGAAUCUUUGUUGUUAUUUGAGAGCAUCAGGAAUUCGCGAUCAAUUGUUGAAAGGACCGAUAAGCGACGAUGAACGCGCAGAACGACUCAAGUUUGAGAAUGAUAUCGCUGAUAUUCAACAGCAGCAAAUCCGAUGGAUUCAGAAUACAUUCGUUCAGGUCUUCAGCCCAACAAAUGAUGAGAUGACAGCUGCUGUGGAUCAGAUCAUGUUCAUGGGAAAGAAGGAAUCGCCUGUUUCUCUCUUUGAGCCAGCCUGGCCGCCGGAAACUGAUAGAACGAUGAUGUCAUCUGCUGUGACAUCUUGUGAUGUUCGAGAAGGAACGAUUUUGCGCCUUACUUUUAUCGGUAGAAAGUUUGGAAAUUCGUAUGCGAUGGAAUUGAUCUGGAAGAUUAUCAACAGAUGCUGCGAAAAGGGCUCUCGACUGUCGGGAAUAAAUGAUCCAGCUCAAUUAACGGAAAGUCUUCUUCAACUCGCCUGGCACGAUGAUCCGCCAAUAAAGAUCAAUAGUUCUGUCGGGAAAUUCGCGAGUACAGAAGCACUUUGGAAGUGGCAUCUUUUGGCGCUCAUUCUUUCGGCUUUUUCACCACAAGAAAUAGGAAAACACGUUUGGGCCUGCUACCCGCAAAUGCGAAUACUGAUCACUUACUGUAUCACUGGACAAAUUUUACUCACUCAAGAGGAGAGACAGAAAAUACUCUACCAACGACAGCGGGAAGCAGAUGCAAUUCUAGUUGCAGAAGCGACGAAUCGAGCUUUAGAAACGAUCCCAAAAGACGAUUCGAAAUACCUCGCUGAUUUUUGCAUCAUUAACGCCAAUGAAAACCUCCGUAACGUUCCAACCUCUCUCCAGGAAGAAAUUUCAAGUUUGAAUAAAACGAUCAAGCUUGAUUCGCUCUUAUCUGAAAACCGAGAUCCAGACUUUCUCGAACUCCUAGUCAAGGAAAGUACAGUCGACAGUACUCUCGACUGGAUCAUUGAUCUCGUCAAUCAACAGCCUAAAGAGCGAUUCAAGAUGCUUCCGAUUUCCGUCCUCGCUGAAUACUUGAUCCUAACGAGAAUUCCGCUCAAUAAUGAAAGCGCAGGUGAAAAUUCUCAACUGAGUGCUUCAAAGAAGCGGAUCGAAGAAGUGUUUUCUCAUUUGGAAGAUCAGUUGAAAGAAAACCCAGAACCGUUACUCGACCAUAUUGUCAAGCGGCUCGCAUCCGAGAGCUACACUCAGCGGAGCUGCGCGACGCAGCUCAUUGUCCAGCUUUACAAAAAAGAAGCGAUGGAGGACUCGGUCAUGGAAUGCUCCGAUGAUAAACCGGUAGAGCUCAGUUUGAUCCUCAGUCAUUUGCUCGUGCUGAAAAACUCGAAAUACGCGCGGAAGAAUUUGAUAAACGCAAUAUACGUCGAGUCUAAUUUGCAAAUGAUCGUUGGCUAUUUGUCGCUCUUGGAGGAAUUUAUUCAGUUCGACAAUGAAAGCUUCGAGGAUGUUUUCGACCUGGCGGCUGCUCUUUCGCACUUUUUACUCCAUGGCUUGCUGACAUCCACGCGUCACUUGCAAAACCAAAAAAUUGCUGACAAUAGAACUAUGGUCACGUUUAUUAUCAAAGUCUUCAAUAAGAUCACCAACUGGAUUUUCGUCCUCAACGACGAUGAGAAGAUCUCAAAGAAGCUUCAAAACUGGACUUGCGAGCGCAACACCGACGUAAUAACAUUUUCCAUGGAAGGGAGAAACAUUUGCAUUCCCAAAAACUUCCUCUAUUCCGUCCUGAUCGUCCUCUCCCUCAAAUUCAACAAUGAACUAGCGCUUCACUGGUUGAACGAUUUCAACACGGGCUUCACAUCUGAAAUCAAAACUGAACUGCCUAAAUGGCUGAUCGAGUUUGCUUCCGGAAGCUUCUGCCCUGAAAUAAUCGAACUCGCAGUCAGAAAAAUGAGCAAAGCUGAAAUUAUGAAGAGCGCUCGGUGGCACGAUUUGGAAGGGGAGCAUAUGUCCCAGUUCCUCAAAAUUGUCGACAAGAGAUUCAAGGAAGACGCAUCAAAGCCGAAUGCUAGUAAAUUUCCUUCACUGAACUUUUCCAUCCGCCUGCUGAACGAACAUGUCUCCGAGUCACCGGAUAAAGAGGGAUCUGAGCUGCUCAAAGCACUAGAAGGGAUCAAAAUAACCGACUCAAAAGAACCUUCAGCUUUCAAGUUUCCACAGGUCAAAAAAGAAGAGCCUAAAGAUGACCAGAUGGAAGCAGAAAUGUCAUUGACCAACGAACUAAAGAGCUACUUCGAAACUGAAAAAGUGACUUCAGCGAGACUUCAUUCACUCUUGAAGAAGAUUUCUUCAGCCGAAGAUCUCUCUCCAGCUAUUGCUACGCUGAUGCCCCUGAUUGGUAAGAACAACUCUGCUGUGUACACAACUCACAUUUCUGGCUUCGGAAAUAUCAUCAGGCGGAUCGGAACGACUUUGCAGAAGAAAAACAAGCUCAUCGAUCUGGAAGACUUUGUCCCGAUUAUGACUCGGCAUCUCUCAGAAGAACGCGUCGCGCAGAAUCCGAAGCUGAAUACGCUUCGUCUUAUUGCUUUGGAUUUCCAUCGAAAAAUCUUCACAAAAGCCAAGCCAGCUCCGAAACCAAAAGAAAUCCCAGAAACCGUCGCCGUCAAAUCGUUGGUUGCUCUUAUCAACAAAGAGAGGACAAAAACCAACCGGGUUUCUUUGCAAUCAUUGGACACUUCUCCUGAUGAAGACCAGCUGAUCGGUUAUCUCAGUGACAUUUUGAUAAAUGAUUAUCAUCGAGUGUUUUCUGAGACGAAUGAGGACGAUUUGAAGCUGUUUUUCAAUGCAUCAUCUCAACAGCUACAGUCCAUUUUUCUUUCUACUGCGGAUUGGAACGUCAUUCAAAACGCCAUAUCAUUCCUCUUGUCCGAACGCUCCGCAGAUGUGAAUCACAACUCCGUUCUCGACUUUCUCUGGGCCUCCGAACGUAUCCGGCGACUUUGGAAGGGACGAGAACAGCCAGCAGAGAAGUCGAAAGAAUACAUCAUCAAAAUGACAGUGCCACAGGUCGAAAUGUAUCUUCACCACUUUUUGGCCGGCUGCGCAGAUGAGUCGGAGAUGGAGACAAGACUUCCUCAGCUUUUCCACUUUCUUCGUGGAGCAAAGAUGAAAGACUCGCAAUUUAUAAAUCUUCGGAAGCACGUGGAAUCUCUUAAAGUCGGCUCACAAGACCUUCGAGGCAAGCUUGGAAAUCUUCUCUACCUAUUCCGUCCAGCAGGGCAAGAAGGCACCAAACUCGUUGGAACAGAAUCUUCGGCUUGUUCCGUCGAUAAAAUCGUCUACCGAGUCAUUCUUGAUCUGGCAGCAAUUGGAGAGUCGCAAACUAUUGGAGAUAAGAUGAAAGAUGCGUUUUUGUUCUGCGUUUCUUUGACAUCUACGCAUCCGCAUCUGCUCCUUCGCCACUUGAAUCUGAUGGCCAGACUUCUGAAAGGCCGUUGCCACAAUGAACUGAAAGAUUUCCGCAAUCAACGGCACAUGGAUUACUUCACCAACAUCAGCGCAGUCAUGUGCCACCUAGCUCCGCAUAUGAUGGAAGAGCGAUACCUCCCUACCUUCAAGGACAUCAUCGCAGAAUGCCUCGAGUUCCUUAGAGUCUAUCCAAAGAUUGCGAGACGGCAGAGUCGCCCGACGACGAAUUCGAUUUUGGCAAUGAUUAAAAAAUUCUUGGAGUUGGAUAUUGUGAACGGCUUGAAGUUCUUAGAAGGUUACACGAGUCUCUGGAACGAUUUACAUGGAGUGUAUGGAAAUGACACGAGAGAUGUUCAGCUGUAUUAUUCUGUGUUCGUGGCGAAAGUGCCUCCAUACCAUGGUGCUCCGGAACAAGUCCUCCUCGCAAUGCAAAACGAACACUUCCGCGGUUUCAGCCCAGAAGAGCGCGCUCAUCACGACCACAACCUCAAGAGCUAUCCAAAUAUGGUCAUCGAAAGCAUUCGUGCACUCCAUCUCGCGCUUGAUCAAUUCGAUCGCGGUCCGAGAGCGAUUAUUCCUUUCGAACAGGGUGUUCUUGACGCAUUGACAUGCAUUCUUCCCGACGCACGAGCCAUGGCGUUUGAUAUUUUGCUGGAAAUUCUUCGAGUUGAACCGACGAAAAUCAAGCUGUAUUACCAAAGAAUGCUCGAUGCUAUGGAUCAAGGCCCUGAAAUUCUGGAGACUGAAAGAGUCAUGAAAUUCACAAUUCUAGCGAUGACGAAAAGCGAUGAAAUCCUCAAGGCCGUUUUUCAUCGCGGCCAGAAACAUGAAAUUUCGGUGGCAAAAACCAUCGGCCGCACAAUCUCACUGCUAUCACUUCUCCCUGCUUACUAG